AUGAAGGCCACCUGGAUUCGGCUGCUGAGCAGAUCCAAGGGAGGUCGCGUCAAGAGCUCCGAUGACUGUGGUUCGGCGGACUCCUACACCAGCCGUCCAUCAGACUCUGAUGUUUCCCUGGAGGAGGAUAAGGAGGCAGUGCGACGAGAGGCAGAGCGGCAGGCUCAGGCACAGCUCGAGAAGGCCAAGACUAAACCAGUUGCGUUUGCUGUCCGCACAAAUGUCAACUACUGCGCCGCCAAUGAUGAUGGCGUCCCCGUGCCGGGCAUGGCCAUCUCCUUUGAGGCUAAAGACUUCCUCCACGUCAAAGAGAAAUUUAAUAAUGACUGGUGGAUAGGUCGUCUGGUGAAGGAAGGCUGUGAAAUCGGUUUCAUCCCCAGUCCUGUGAAGAUCGAGAACACUCGGGUACAACACGAGCACAGAGCCAAACAGGGAAAGUUCCACUCCAGUAAAUCGGGAGCAAACUCCUCUACCAGUUUAGGUGAAGUGGUUCCUAACUCGCGGAAAUCCACCCCCCCUUCCUCUGCCGUUGACAUAGACGCCACAGGCUUAGACCCCGAGGACAAUGAGCUUCCAGUCCACCUUCGCUCCCCUAAAGUCAGUCAGCCAAACACUGUCAUGUCACCCACCCUAGCCAAAGACAAACGAAUGCCCUUCUUUAAGAAGACGGAACACAUUCCUCCAUACGACGUUGUGCCUUCCAUGCGACCUGUGGUCCUGGUUGGACCGUCACUGAAGGGCUACGAGGUGACAGAUAUGAUGCAAAAAGCACUGUUUGACUUUUUGAAACACAGAUUUGAGGGAAGAAUAUCAAUCACUCGAGUCACUGCGGACAUCUCUCUUGCCAAACGCUCCGUCCUCAACAACCCUAGUAAACACGCCAUCAUCGAGCGAUCCAACACACGCUCCAACCUUGUAGCUGAAGUGCAGAGUGAGAUAGAGCGUAUCUUUGAACUGGCCCGGACCUUACAGCUGGUGGUACUGGACGCAGACACCAUCAACCACCCGGCCCAACUGGGCAAGACAUCCCUGGCUCCUAUCAUCGUCUACGUCAAGAUCUCCUCUCCUAAGGUUCUGCAGAGGCUCAUCAAGUCCAGGGGGAAGUCCCAGGCUAAGCACCUCAACGUCCAGAUGGUUGCCGCAGACAAACUGGCCCAAUGCCCUGCCGAGAUGUUUGACAUCAUCCUGGAUGAGAACCAGCUGGAGGAUGCGUGUGAGCACAUGGCUGAUUACCUGGAGGCCUACUGGAAGAGCACCCACCCCGCCAGCUGCAACCCCCCCAAACCGCUGCUGGCCACAGACGCCCUGCCCUCCAGCCCCGCUCCCGUCUCCAGCAUGCAGGGCAGCGGGGCAGAGGAGAAAACAGGGGACAAGGCAGGACAAGGUGGGGAGAGGAAGGGCUCCAGAGAGGACCACCAGCAUCACCAUCACCACCACCACAGCCAGCAUCAGAGCCAGGAGCAGCCAGAUGGGGGGGAGGAGGAGGAGGAGAGGGAGGAGGAGGAGAGGCCCCUAAGGACAGAGUCUUCCAGGAGACCCCAGCACAUCCACCACCGCUCCUCCUCCCAGCGAACUGAGCAGCACCACAACCACCACCACCAUCAUCAUGGUGGUGGUGGCAGUGGUGGCCGGGGCAAGGGUCUCUCCCGGGGGGAGACACAGGACUCAGAGACCCCCGAGAGCCGAGAAAGCAGAGACUCAGCGUACAUAGAGCCUCUGUCUCAGCUCCUACACCAGGAGGAGGAGGAGGAUUUUGGAGAGGAGUAUGACGAGGAGGGGCUUGGAGAGGGGGGGCACCCCCAGCAGCAGGGGCGCUACGAGGCCCAGCCCCAACCCAGGGACCAUCAUCAUCACCACCACCACCAUCACCGCGCCGGCGAGGAGGCGGGCCACAGCACAACAGGACACCACCGUUCUAAGGAGCGUAACGAGCAGGACCACAACGAGCGCAACAAGUCACGCGGUCACCACCACCAUCAACGACCGGCCCGCGACCACCACCACCACCAGUACUAUGACCGCGACCGGGACAGGGAGGGGGAGGUGGCCACCAAAAAGAGGGGUGACACAGAGGACUGGGCCAGAGACCCCUAUAUUCACCAGUGACAGCCUAGCCCCGAGACCCCAACCCCCCACACACUGAGACAGUGGUAGGACUCACCCCCCUCUCUCUGAAACCGUUCUGUUGUCCCAUCUUGCUGCUACACCCGUCUAUGUAU